UCCGUCGCGCUCUUUAUACGCAGUUGGCGUAUAGCAGCAGAGGCGUGGCUCAAUAUGGGGAAAUUUGGAUUGCAGUUUAAAGCCACUUUGGAGUAUGUUACAAACGUGAGGCCGGUGGGGGAUGAUUUCCGCUGGUAUUUAAAGCUGAAGUGUGGGAAUUGUGGUGAGGUGUCGGAUAAAUGGCAGUAUAUCAGCUUACUGGACAGCAUGCCACUGAAAGGAGGACGAGGGAGUGCUAGCAUGGUGCAGAAGUGCAAGCUGUGUUCUCGGGAAAACUCCAUAGAUAUCCUGAGGGACACAAUUACACCUUACAAUGCAGAAGACAGCGAAAGGUUUAAGACAAUUGUCCAGUUUGAGUGUCGGGGUCUGGAACCAGUCGACUUUCAGCCUCAGGCUGGUUUUGCCGCUAGUGGAGCAGAGACAUCCACACAGUUCCCUGAAAUCAACCUGCAAGAGAAAGACUGGACGGACUACGAUGAGAAGGCCAGUGAGUCUGUGGGGAUCUAUGAGGUCACACAUCAAUUCAUCAAGUGUUGAAAAAUAAAGAGGUCUGAUUGAAGAACAA